AUGCCUUCAAACUUCAGGUAUAGUGCUGCUAAGACGUCAAAUUUGAAUAAGAUCUUCAAAUCACCCACUAAGAAGAAGAACACUUUAAAGGGAAUACUACCUUCACAAGUGAAAUACAAGCAAAACUUGAAUAAAUCAGAUGAAGGGGAACAAUUACAAAUCAGUGAUUAUGAUGUAAAACUUGAUUACCAAUUAUCCCGAAAUAACGACAUAAUUACCGCUAUAGAUACCAUUGUAGAUAACCAAUGGACAGAAUCAUCGAGUUUGGAUAGAUUUAUAGACGAAACAGAGACGAUGGAACAACGAGUCUUCAAAUUAUCAGGUUUAUCUAUGGCUGUUAAAGCCGAGAUUAUGAAAUAUAGAUUACAGUUACCUCAAGGGUUGAUAACUACCAAUCAACUUUAUUCAAUAUUCGAGAAUGAAGGAAAUACCUUCGUAGAUAAGAGUGUUGAGCUUGCUAUACGACAAGGAAAAGUUCGGAAAUUUAUCAUUACUAAUGCAUCCCCUAUAAUAUCCAAUAUAAACAAGAAAACCACAGGUAAGAUGACUUAUGGAUACGAGAAUGUUGAGAUUUUGACUAAAUCUGAGACAUAUUUCCACUGCAUAGACAAAUUGUUACUGAAGUAUAAAGACAAACCUCAAGAAGAGAUUUUGCAAAAGUUUCUCCAAUUUGUCAAGACCAACCCUAAUGCAUUGUAUGUCUCUAUGAACAAUGGGUUUGCUCAUAAUGAAUUAUCAAUGUUGAUUGAUUUGGGGUUUCUUACUUUGACGUCAAAUCAUUUAAAUGAGAUUGAAUCUCAACAGUAUUCAAUUUCAUACCCUAAUUGUGGGAUUUACUUGAAAUUGAUCAAUACCGGAAGAUCUUGGAUUGUUAAAACCCUUAGUAAAUCCAAGUUCAAAGAGUACUUGGAAGAUCAACUCAUCUCUAAAUGGGAAGGAUCAGAUCUUAAUGGGAGUAAAAUGAACAAUUAUAGGAAACCUUUUUAUGGAUUUGAAUUGAAUUGGAUUUUAGCUGAUUGUUUGGGAUCAGGGAUAUUGGAAGUAUUCAACACUCCUGUAGGUAGAGGUUGGAAACUUACUGGUAAGAGAUAA